AUGUACAUACCUGGGUGUUGUUUUCUGUCCUUGCUGGAAGCCACAUUCAUAAUCCUGAUCUCCGCCUCUUUUUUCCGUUCCAUGGCUGCUCAUGGUCGGAUUGAGAGUGUGACUAGGACUAGUACCGGUAGGAUUUACUUCGUCACCGAGAUGGCGUCUGGCGGUUCGCAUCGCGAUCCGCUGCCGUUCUUCGGUCCAUCCACUACCAUCCCCGAGCUCACUCGUCUCUCACGUCUCUCCAGCCAAUCGUCUUCCGCCAGCUGUCACUGGAAGCUGUUCGACCGUCAGACUCGCUCUGAGUUGCUGUACCCGCCGGGAGACGAUCGCGGACGGGUAGCCGCCUGGUCGCUUAAGAUCUCGCCGUCCGGUAAACGGCUAGCCGUCAUCUGGGGUUCGACAGUCACGAUUUUGUCACAUUAUGAUGGGUAUUCGGCUCCCGUCGGCAGCUUCAGCAUUCCGUCAGGAUCAGGCAGGGAUAGGGUUACCACACAGUCCAGUGUAACCGCGGAGUGGAGCGACGACGAGAGGGUCCUCGCUGUGAUUGGUCCACGCGCUCUCUGGUUGCUGGACGCGCAGGGGCUGCUGCUCGGCGAAUUGCACGCUGCCACGUGGCAGCCUCGGGGAUCCUCCGUUGUCGCCUGUAUCCUACGAUCUGCACAUGACACGGAGCCUGCCAGUGCAGUGAAAUUGACUAGUGCUUAUGACGUCAUUUUGGUCCUGUCCCACCCUCGCCCGCGCCUCUGGCGAGCCACAAUUGCCCUCCCACUGCCUCCCGUCGACGGCCUCCGGGCGAAUUCAGGAGUUUUCUCAGGGGCCCCAGGUGUUUCUUCAGGUGGUGCUUCAGAAGCGUCAGGUGCUGCGUCAGGAGCCUGGGGACCGCGUUCCGGGAGGGUGAAGGCGAGGGGGAGGUCGUAUCUGCUGGAGGGGAAGCACCAGGGGACCGUGGUUCGCUCUGACUUUCAUCCUGUGCUGAGUCUCCUUGCUGUGGCCGGCAUAUGCCCCUCUGCUGGUAAACCAUCCCCCACGCGACCCCCCACGUCCCUCCUCCUGUCCAUAUGGCAUAUCCCCGACCCGCACCACUCCCUCCUCCCGCCCUCCUUCCUCUGCCUCCUCCGCUUCGCCCCUCCUCCCCUCCACCCUCCCCAACCCAAACCCAGUCGCUCCAAAACCCCGGGCUUGGGCUCCUCUCUAGGGUUUUGGGACGAGGGUUUAGAGGGGGAGGAGGAUGAGGAAGAGGAGGAAGGGGAGGAGGCUGUAGCAGAGGUGAGAUUCUCCCCUGAUGGGGGAUCUUUAGCGGUGGUACACCACCGGGGGGCUUUGUCUCUUAUGCGGAUGUCUGCUAAGGAUUCUGAGCUGAUGCUGCUUCCUAGGAGCGUGGGGAGAACUGUGGGUGUUCCGGCUGGGGCUGCGGUGGAGGAGGAAGGGGGCGUGGUGGAGAGAGGUGCGGAGGAGUGGGGUUUGGUGGAGGGAGGUGCAGGGGACGGGAUGGGUGUGGGUGGGCAGGAGAAGGAGCAGGAAGACGGGGUGGGGAAAGGGGAGAAGAAAGAGAAAGAUGGAGAGGAAGGGACACUGCAGAGGAAAGCAGUGCGGUUCCGAACAGUGCAAGGCGGUGUUGUGGAUUGCGUCACCAGUGUGACCUGGCUCAGUGCUGAUACCAUAGCAGUGGCCCAUCGCUCAGGGAGAGUAGCCAUAGCCACAGUGCACGAUCUAAGCAACCUCACCGGCCCGUUCCCUCUAGUAUUCAGCCCGCGGGCAGUCCUCUGCUCGUCCAAUCUCCUCACGCCACGUGGCAGGAGCAGGCCUGGAGUGUACCCGCGAGGGGUGAUUGUUCUGGAGCCUGUCGCGAGGCAGGUGUCGGUUCCUGAUUGGGCGAGAGGGACGUUGGAGUGGAGAGGAGGUUUGAGGAACGAUGGCAGUGAUGGUGGUGGGGAGAGGGUGUUGGAGAGUGGCUGGCGGGUUUUGUCUCUAGUGGAGCAGCCGGCGGCGGUUAUGGUGCGGGUGCUAACUGAGGAAGGUAGACUUGGGGAUGCAUUGGGGAUGGCCCGGGCAGCGGGGUUGCAUUCUGAUGUGGUGUUUAAGGCUGCUUGGAUGAGCAUGGGUGUGGGAAUAGCAGCAGCAGCAGCAGCAGCAGGAGCAGCAGCAGCCGCAGCAGGGGGAAGAGGAGGAGGAGUAGCCAAGGGAAUGGAUCUGCUCUUAAGUCUGGGACUUAGAGCCACAAACAGUCUCAAGGAGGAAACCCUAAAAGCAGCAGCACGGGCUGGAGAGGCCGUGACUCUAACAGAUGUGAAGCUAUUAACGAAUGUGAAGCUAUCGGGUGUAAAGCUAGCUCUGGGUUUUAAGUACCCGCCCAAGCCUGUUGUCGAGGCUUGGUACCUCUCCCGAGCCAGGGAGAUUGAGGAACGGACGGGCCUGCUGCAGCACUCGCUCGCGUUGCUGGAUCUAGGCUUGGCAGCAGGCUUGGCGGAGGUUCGGAAUGCUAUGGAGGAUUACGCUGAGCUGAACAGAGUGGUGUAUGGGGCAUGCGGGGCUGAUGAUAGCGGGGCUGAUUAUAAAGAGGAUGAGGGGGUUGAUGGGGGGCGGGAGGGAGGGGAGGACAGGCAAGAGCAGGAGGAGUUGGAGGAAGCAAAAGUGGAAGGGAGUGGGGAGGGGGAUGAGCAGAGGAGGGAAGGAGAGGGUCAGGCCAUUCUAGACUCUCACAAAGCGGCUGCUCUAGCAGAGCAGCAGAGAGUUAAGUCUUCUGCUCCCGCUGCUGCUGCUGCUGGUGCGGGUGGGGGAAGGGGCAGGCGGGGGGGAGCUUCGGCCCGAGCCUCCGGCGCAGGCUUGGAGCCGCUAGGUUCGGAGCAGCAGGAGGCAGUGGCGAGUGCGCUGCUAUUGGUGGAAGCAGGGGCUGUCCUUGCCACGUAUGAGCUCCCCACACCGUACACCGCCCUCGUCCAAUCCCGUAGCGACACGUCAGCGGCGCUCCACCUGCUCCGCAGCCUCCUCUCCGCCUUCGCCCGCCGCCAGCCGCCCCCGGAGGAUCCCGAUUGGCUGGAUCUGUUCCGCCACGUCAGCACUCUCAAACACUCCGCGUUCCUCCCCCUUCCCCCUGACUCCCUCCCCUCGGAAAUGGCUAGAGUGCUUUUAAGGGAGGGAAGAUUUGCCCUAGCCAGGCAGUUUCUGAGAAGCGAGGGAAGUGGGGGGAGUGGCGGGAGUGGGAGAGGAAGAGGGGGAGGGGAGGACGUGUGGUUGGAGGAAGAUGCAAUGCUGAGCGAGGAUCGGGUGGAGGCACUGGUGAUCGGCGCUGCGAGAAACUUCUUCUACUCCUCCCCGACGCUGGACUCUCCGGAUAUCCACAGUGCAUUCGCCUGUCUGGACAUUCUCCCGCGCAACCCAGCAGCAGCAGCGGAGCGUCAGCUCUUCUCAGCCCUAGUGGUCGACCUCCCAGCCUGCGGCCUCCACUUACUCCCCCUCCACCUGCGUCAAACCCGCGACCGACUCGACAUCAUACACCAAGUGCUCAACCUCUGCCCGUUCCCCCCUAUCUCCCCCCUCACCACCACCACCGCCACCUCUGCUUACUCCUCCCAUCCCUCCUCUUACUCCUCCUCUUACCCCUCCUCCUACCCGUCCUCCUACCCCUCAUCUCACGCCUCCCCCUACUCCUCCUCCUCGGCCUCCUCCCCCUUCGCUCCGGUCUUUUCCGUCGACCUCGCCAACACAGGGGCUCCCGAGGUGCUCACCUUAGCCUGGAAAUUAGGGCUGACCGAUAGCAGCAGCAGCAGCACGAGUCUGAGCGCUAUGAUUGGUGGAGCAGCGGCGUCUGCUACUGAUUUGUCUGCUGAUGUCAGCGUGGAUGAAUCCGCCAGCAGUGCAGCGAGCACUGCGGCUGACGUGGACGCUGACGUGGAUGCUGACGUGGACGACGGAUCUGAUGACAUCAGCAUGCCGAUCCGGCGGGAGUUUCUAGGGUUUGCUCUGGCUCAUUGCGAUGAAGCUUCCCUCCCGGACCUGCUAGCCUCGUGGCAAGGCUUGGAUGCCACGGAACGGUGCGUGGCGCUAGGAAGCGGAGGAUCAGGUGGUUUUCCAGGUGCUGCGUCAGGUGCUGCUUCAGGUGGUGGGUCAGGUGCCGGGUCAGGUGCUGGGCCAGGUGGUGGGUCAGGUGGAGAAUCCGGUGGAGGGGGAAAUGCUAGUGGUUCUGGAGCAGGGGAAGCAAGGGAAGCGAGCCCAACAGCCACUGUCGCAGCUGCUGAGGUGGCAGCGUGCGAUUCGCUGGCGAUGGCGUUUCUGCUGCAGGCCGGGGAUUCAGUGCGGGCGGCGGGGGUGAUCGAUGCCGAGAUGGCGAAGCGGGACGGGGCAGAUGCGAAGCGGCGGUUUGUGCUGCUUCUGUUGCAAUUCUCGUCCCUCCACGCGACUCUCUUCCUGCUUGCUGCUCAGGUGAGCAUGCAGCGUUCCAGUCCACGAGCAUAUACCAGGUGA